AUGGAGGGCAACCGCAACCCGGAGGUUCAGCGAGUGCUGGCAGCGCUGAACAGCCUUUCUCACCAGCAACAGCAAACGCAAUAUCAAACACAGCAGCAUUCUCUAUAUGCCAGUAUCUCUCAUGAGAAUCAAGCUCUGUUUCAAUUAAAUCCUCCCAAGAUCGCGCCAGCAAACAUACCGGGCCCUCGCCUACAUCCUCAACCCCAUCCUUACGACAGAUCCAUGACUCCUCCGUUUCAUGGUCACCAGCAGUCACCUCCAGCUACUCAAACCCAGCAUCAGACUAGGAUGUCAGUCGCCCGUGAAUCAGCAGAAUCUCUUCGCAGUAAAACGUCGACACCCAAGUAUGACACUCCGGAUGCAUCGAGCAUCACUACCUGGCCGGCAGCGUUAAAACAUGUCACUCGCCAUCUCGUUCCGAACGAGAAGGUCGCAAACAGGGUCAAACAUCUGAUUCACGAGCAACACAAGCACGAGCAAGAAUGGUGGGCCGGUCGUGAAGCCAUCGUUGAACGACAGCAAGGGAGGCCAGGCACUUCGGAACAAGUUUCGGCUAUAUUGAAGUCACUUGGUGCCAAUGUGCCGGCCGGUGCGAAAGAGCCGUCGUCGCCAGAUGCCGCACAGCAGCAGGCGAACGAAGCAGAACUCAAAGCCUACGAUGAGAAGGUCUACAAGGCAUUGUGUGCUAUGACUGCGGAUUUCGACAGACAACUCAGGGAAAUGGGCGUCCCGUUCUAUGCUAUCAAGCAUGAGUUGGUGAUCAUGGAGGAUGGCCCCGAGGAGACCCCGGGUCAGCACAGAGGGAAAAUUGAUAGAGGUGAGCUGAGAGAGUUGCAGAAGAGGAUGUGUCAGACUUUGGAGGAUCUGUUCGGGGAUGGAGAAUGA